AUGAGAAGCCGGCCCGGCCUACGGGAGCCCGCACGGGCCCUUCCCCGCCGGCCCGGCCCGCGAAGCGUUCCGUUCCGUUCCGUUUCCGGAAGUGGGAGGGAGAAGGCGGCCGGAAGAGGAAGAGGCCUCCGAGAGAUCGGGACGCUCGGGAAGGCGCAGGCGCGGGAGAAUGGGCGGGAAACAUCCGGGCACCUCGGGUCAGUCUGUCUAUCAGUCAGUCAGUCGACUAGUCAGUCAGUAGUCGCCUGGUUGGUUCCUUCGGCUGCCUCGGGCCCCGCCGCCAUGCUGAAGUGCGAGAUGAACGGCAGCCAGGUGAAAGUAUUUGGGAAAGCAGUUCAAGCUCUGUCACGAGUUAGUGAUGAGUUGUGGUUAGAUCCAACUGAAAAGGGUCUUGCUCUAAGAUCUGUGAACUCCUCCCGGUCAGCAUAUGGCUGUGUUCUCUUCUGUCCUGUGUUUUUUCAACAUUAUCAAUGGUCAACAAUGGAUAAUAAUGCAACACCAAAUUUAAAUUGCCAGUUGGGGAUGAAAUCAAUUCUGCCCAUCUUUAAAUGUCUGAAUUCCCGUGAAAGAAAUGUAGAGAAGUGUAAGAUAUUCACCAGAUCUGAUAAGUGCAAAGUAAUUGUUCAGUUCUUCUACAAAAAUGACUUGAACAAUUCUGUAUACAGUGAAAUGAUUGUUGGUCCAGAUGAAUUUGACUUCUUUCAAAUCGGAGUUGACACUGAAAUAACAUUUUGCUUCAAAGAAUUGAAGGGAAUGCUGGCAUUUUCCGAAGCUUUACAUGCACCUAUAUCCUUUCAUUUUGAUUUUCCUGGAAAGCCUGUGGCUUUAAGUAUUGAUGACAUGUUAUUGGAAGCUAACUUUGUUUUGGCCACUUUAGAUGAUGAGCCAAGUAGAGCGUCUUCUCCACAAUCACUGUGUCAUUCACAAAGACCAGAAAGAUCUGAUAUGCUCCAAUUCAAAGGCUGGCAAAAAUUAAGCAGAAACACCCCAGAGAAUAUCUCAAGACAAGUUUCACGCAAAAGAUUUUAUGCCAGUGAAACACUCACAAAUAUCUCUACACUCAAAAACAGUGGCAGCCCUGAAGUGGAAAGAACAAAUGGAGACAUUAAUCAAGUCCAAGAAAGUAGUGUCAGUAAAUCAGAAGAACCAGGGUCUAUGUAUGGCAGCAAGCGACAGGAGCUGCCGUACAUGGACCUCAUGACCCUGAGCCUGGCAUGGUCAUCACCCAAGUUGGACCUGAAGCGGAGCUUGUGGCAACAGCCCAGAAAUAGCCUGUUCUACUAA